AUGGAUCAACAGGAAUCCGUGCCUCUCAUUCGGGCCAACGCUGAGGCCAUCACGGUUUAUCUUGAGCACCGACGGCUUAUCGACCGCUGGGGCAUGUAUGUCUCCAGCCUAGGCGUGGCUGCUCAGUUCCUCGAAGUAUUGCAGGGUUCCCGCGCACAAGCAGCUCUGGAGGCCGUCGGCGGCCGCAUGGCCGACAAUGCGGAAGCGCAAACAGGGCUUGACGCUCCGAGCAAGUUCGCCAAGCAAGUCCACCGUUUCGUGGUCCAGCAGACCACAUGCACCAGGCGUUGGCAGUCGGAAGGCCAACUCCACGUCUUCUUUCUCUACCAUCCGGACACGGACUGGGAUCCGGCCUUCUUCCACCGCAUUCGGGAUCAGCCACUCUCACGUCGCUUCUUCGGCAUAUCCCAGAACCUUGACGCCCUCGUCAUCUGGAUGAGCUUCAUAAAGGAGAACAUGGCUAGGCAAAGAAAGGAGAUCCACAUUCACCUUCUGAUACCAGCCUAUCGUCCAAUGAUGACUGGGGAGUCGCUGGCCUUCCCUGACAAAUUGAUGCCGCUUACCAUCCACGGCCAUAUUCACAACUCAAUGCCAUACGUGUGGCUCAACCUCCCCCAACCCAGCCGUCGGCUCCAACUUAGUGGCGUUGGAAACCUCACCGAUCUUCUACGCAAUGAGGCUGAUAACUCUAAUAUACCUGAAGUCAUUCUUGGUGGGGUUGCGACUGCAGCCGCUGGGGCGAUCGCUGGAAUUCCGGCAGCGAUCGCUGUGGGCUCGUUUUUCGCCGGGAAGGCGAACAGUGGCCGGAUCCGACCCUUCGUUUCCGACGCUCAUCCUAGGAUGCUGGGCGAAGCCCCCGCUAGAGACUUAGAUGACGACAGGUCUAGCGACGACGACGAUGACGAGAAAAGACAAGUGCGACGGCGGCUCGUCUAA